AAAAAUCGCACCUUGUUUCUGACAUUCCUUUCCUUCCACCUCGGCCUUUUUCGUCUUUUCUUCUCUCUUGUCCUCUACGACGAGACGGCGAUAAAUUCGUCAUUCUCAAUCGUCCAGUCCUUCGUUUUUUCUCUCGCCUCGCGCUGCUUGUUGCGUUCUCCAAGCGUCGAGCUCUACAUCUUUCGUCCAUCAUUACCUGAGCUAUCUUUCGCUCCCUUGCGCCUGCCAGACCAUCGCCAGCAACACGCUCAAUUCUCAUCCGACCAUGCCCUAUGUCGGCGACGAUGUCCAUCGUGCGACGAAGCGCAAGUGGGAUCACGACGGAACCGAAACGUUCAGAUUAUCGCAUUCCGCCAUCCAUGUAUUGAACCAGCACGCGGCUCCAGAGGGCGCCGAUACCAUCUCAACACGCAAGACGCUGCCCCCAACAAAACGAUUCAGACCGAUCCACGACGACGACAAUGCUCAUACAUUCUCUUCGCAUCGACGGACCACUUCUCGUGAACUGGCGCACGGCAAGGCACCUGUCAAAAUUAGCGGCUUGGUUCUGAUGCCGUGCCAUGUUUGCCACCGCAGGCCCACCAAGAAAUCCGACCUCGAUUCUUUUGCCAAGUGUCAAUCUUGUCAAGAACAGACGUGCUUUGUCUGCAUGCGCGAGUGCCAGGGCCAGAACUUCAAUAGAGAGCUAGUCUUGGAAGAUGAGGAUGUUCUUUCGCGAUCCCUUCACAUGGACGAUGUCGACGAUGACAUGACACCUCCAAUAUCAGACACCAACACGCGGAAGGAUUAUAUGGAUGCCGACUCUAAUGGACGACGGGGCGUGCCGGACAGCAGUACCCAUCAUGCGAUGAUUUGCAGUCGCUGUUGUGUUGAGAAGGGUGCCCAGGGCGAGGUUGUCUGUCUAGGAUGUCUAUCCGACACAUACACCGCGUGAUACCAAAGAGCAGCAGGACCAUUCAAGAACACAAACAAGAGGCCGACAUCUUCCGUUCAUGACUGAUGACGAUUUCGAUUACUACAUAGCGCACUGUUUCUUUGCAAUUGGGAGUAGGGAAUGGGAAGGUAACUUGUUAGUUACCAGGGUAUAUAUUGUAUUGGUAGGGAGGGCAUCACAUGGGCUGGGCUUUCAUAAUUAAUUCUUCUUCUUCUUUUAUAUAAUUGGCAUUUGCUUUUCAUUUUAUACCAUUUUUGGCCGUGGAUGGGGCAUCAAGUACGCGAUUGCAUUUAGGACUGUCAUUGAAGAAUGACGAGAUGGGUAUGGACUUUGUUGAAAUUCUCUACUAAGAUAUCAAUACAAGAGGAUGAAUUAGCUGCUACUAGAUUGAUUGGAUAAUAUUGAUAUGCAUAACGUUCUUCAGAG